AGCAUUCCUUUGGGUGAGUACAGAAAUAGAUAUAACUGUAACUGAACACACAACAAAGAAGCGAAGAAUCAGGAAUAGAAUGAUUUAUCCAAAACAACUCUUUUUCAUCUUUCUUGCACUGGGAAUGGUUAUAUUGCUAAACAGCAUUCUCAGCCAAUCUCAGAUUAAAAAAGCACUGGUAUUUUCCCAACAGAUAUCUUUAUUAGAAGAAGCCUGUCAGGCAUUGGCCAAAACGAAAAAAUCUUUCUUUUGGAAUCAUUUACCUAAAACAUAUUCACACAGCAGUAAUUGUAAGGAUUUUAUAUUAAAAAAUAAUUACAUUACACUACCUCUCUCAGAAGAAGAGGCUGCCUUUCCAUUAGCCUAUAUACUGACAGUGCACAAGGAGUUUGAGACAUUCGAGAGACUGUUUAGAGCUAUCUACAUGCCCCAAAAUAUAUACUGCGUCCAUGUUGAUGAAAAGGCAAGUGCUGAUUUCAUGCAGGCUGUGGACAGUUUAGUCCAAUGUUUUCCCAACACAUUUCUUGCUUCAAAAAUGGAACCGGUGGUGUAUGGUGGGAUAUCCAGACUCCAGGCUGAUCUGAAUUGCAUGAAAGAUCUGUUGGCAUCAGACGUGCAGUGGAAAUAUGUUAUCAAUUUGUGUGGGCAAGAUUUCCCGUUAAAGACAAAUAGGGAAAUAAUACAUCAUAUUAAAUCAUUUAAAGGGAAAAAUAUAACUCCCGGGGUAUUACCACCUGCCCAUGCAAUACCAAGGACCAAGUAUGUUCAUCGGGAGGAUAUAGUCAAUUCACGUGUAGUGAGAACAAGGGUUCUAAAGCCUCCCCCUCCUCAUAAUAUCACAAUUUACUUUGGCUCUGCAUAUGUUGCACUCACAAGGGAAUUCACACGGUUUAUUCUAGAAGAUCAGAGAGCUACUAAUCUGUUGCUGUGGUCCAAGGACACCUACAGCCCAGAUGAACAUUACUGGGUAACACUGAACAGAAUUGCAGAUUUUCCAGGUUCUGUGCCAGAUGCAAAAUGGGAAGGUGACCUUAGGGCAAUAAAAUGGAGCGAUGACAAGACUCACGAUGGUUGCCAUGGUCAUUAUGUUAGAGAUGUUUGUGUUUAUGGAACCGGGGACUUGCAGUGGCUACUAAAAUCACCAUCCAUGUUUGGAAAUAAAUUUGAGUUGGCAUCCUACCCUCCUACAGUUGAAUGCCUAGAGCUGAGAUUACGAAAGAGGGCCUUGGAUUAUGCAGAAAUAUCUUUGCAGCCUCACUGGGCUUUUUAACAAAUGUCCAAGGUAUAUUAUAAAUGUCUUCCUGGCCAACACAUUUGCUGCUGCAAUAAAAAUACUGCUAGCAAAUAUUCUACCAGAAACAGGACAAUUGUUGGUACAAAUUCUAUGCAAACAUUUUACUUGUAGAAUAAAUGUGUUUCUCUGUAAUCAGUUGCAUCAACUGUACCAAGUUUCUAUAGAGAAAUUAUUAGGAAUGGCUUUAUAGGUGAUUACAUGUAACUCAGUUGCACACCUCUAUUUCUCCUUGUUCAUCAUCUCUGUUAUCAAUUGGCAUUCACAUACACUCCAUCUUCUCUCCUUCUGCACUUUUCUAUCCUAGAGUUCCCUUUCCAAUUAUCUUUGCCAUUUUCUCUCCACAGCACUGCACUCUUCCCUCAAAUUUCCCUCCCAGCAGUGCAUCCUUUCUUUUACAGGCUGCAGUCAUAACUACUUUGUUAUCUUUCUCUAUCCCCAUUUCCCUGCUGCUUGCACAUCACCUUCCUUGGGGACUGCACUAAGCCUUUGUAUAAUGCCUAAUGAAUGAACCACAUGACUUUAUUUAACCCCUGAGUGGCUUUUCUGUUGAGGGAAACAUGGGUUCUACAUUAAAUGCUGGAGAAUGCAGAAAAUCAGAAGUUGGGUUUCCUCUGAGUACUUUGGUUUUUCUGCCACACUACAAAACAUUGGUUCCUGAUGAAACUUAGCAUAGUACAGGUAUAGGACCCAUUAUCCAGAAUGCUCGGGACCAAGGGUAUUCUG